UUUCAAAAUAAUUCAAACGUUUCGCGACUGUUCACCAGUACGGACGUCCUACUAGCUACUAGCGAUAUCCUAACUCGAUCCCCAGUUCUGGAGAUAGUGGUAAGGUUCUGAGACUUCCUGGUUUAACACUCAGCCGGCACCGUGCAACAUCCUGUCAAUGUGUUAAGGUGUAUUCUAGAAAAGAAAUUCGUUACUUGUUUUUUGUUCGGUUAGUCCAAGCUCCUGUUAAGGAAACAUCCGGUUUGGGAUUUACAUUUUCUCGCGCGUGAUUUUGUUUUUCGUAAAAAAAGUGCCACAGGAAACCGGAUAGUGCCGGAUACAGUGAACGCUUGUGACAAAACUCAAUCGAUCAAAAUGAUGGAAAAGGAACCAGAUUCGAUGGCGGUUACCAUGAAGCAGGAUUAUGCCGCUAGUGAAGUCUACAGCACCACCAGUGAAGCUCCACCUGCAUACAAAAUCCGCUCGGCCAAUUCGGUGAAAAUCGCCAAAAUCGUGGCCCUGACGGUGAUCGCAUCCUCCUUCAUCCUGGGCUCGUUCAUGUUGGCUUCGACCUACCUGCAAGCGAAGCAGUCCUGCGAUCAGAUGCAAACCCUCGACGCUGUCCUGAACAAGGAACUGAUGCUGGAGGCAAUGCAACAGGAACUCCCGAAAGCACAAGCUUUGAUGCAAGAUCAUCUGUCCGCGGACGAGUCCAACCUGCAGACCAUUGACCGGGAAGAAAAACCACAGCACAAACAGACGGAAGCGGAAAAGAAAGAAUCGACCGAGAAUACCGAGUCCGAGGACGAUGGCGAAUCGGCAGCCGAUGGCGAAAGUGGCGAAAGUGCGGACAUGAACACCAACCGGGUGCACAUCAAGCUUCCGCUGGACUUGAACCUAAGCGAGUUGGCCCACGCGAUGCUUAAGGAGAACCAAAAAUCCAAAAUGAACUGUGUAGUGGAGAGACGUCGGUCAGAGGAAAUGGUCGAUUCCCCUUUCAAGACCAUGCGACUACCAUUCGGAAUGGAGUACAACAUGGAACCCAAGAAGCAGAAAGUCACCGGUGAACGAAUUGCCAUCUUCUGUGAGACCGGUAAAGAACCAAAGAAUGAAGACGCCGAGCCUGUCCGCCAGGUACUGAUUCCGAUCCCACCGGUUCGUGCCUUCGGUCCGAUCACUCACCUUCCGCACCAAAUGCCCCCACAAACGAUGAUUCGUCAGAUGCCGCGACCAAUCUUCCCGAUUCCGAUUAUGAACCACCAGAGCGCCCCUCAAAUGCCACCAAUGCCAGCUCAAAUGAUGCAGGCACCCCACCAAGAAUCACCAAUGGUCCGACCCAGCUUCCUAGCUCAACCCCAGCAUCUGAUCCAACCCCCCCAGCAGCAACAACAACCACAGCAACAACAGCAGCCAACUUUCCCCCAGCAGAUACAACCACCACGUGCGGAAGUGCGAAUCCAGUUCCAACGUAUCCCGAUUCCGGAAAUGAUCCGUCCCUUCCUUCCCCCGCAAUUUAUGCGUAACGGACAGGAACAACCUGAGGUGCAGGUUCGUGAGGUUCCUCUGGAAAUGGCUCUCCAAAAGGUUGGACUGUCCGCUGAUGAACUGAAAGAUAUCCACGAAAUCGCCGCCCAGAAGUUUACCGAGCAACUGAAACAACUCAUUGGUGAAAUGGCUGAUUCCGAAGAAAGCGAGGAGGAGACCGAUUCUUACCGUACAACCCCGGCCCAGGAACCAGCCUCCCAGCACUCCGAGGAGCGUGAACUCCAGGAGCAACAACCACCACGCCCUCAGGAACCAGAGGCCCAGCCUCAGAACAAUGCCGAACCCCAAAUACUGCCAAUGGGACGUUCUCAGUAUGCUCGUUCCUUGGUAAAUCCAAUCAAUCUUCCCGGCAAGGUUAUAGAAACGUCCGUUUCGGACGAAGAUGCAGAGCGUCCACACUACGUCCAACCACGAUCGGUUUAGGGUUUGCCGGUAAAAAACCGAAACGUGCUGAUGUUCUUCAAAAACAUUAUCGCACGUUAGCUCAUGUGAUUGUAAAAAAUAUGUGAAAAAAUGGUUCAAGAGCAGCCGCGUUCGGUAACAAAAGAUAUUGGAAAGUAUUAUGUGACGGCACUAAUUUUAUCAAAAGAAUGAACUAAAACAAUGGAAUCGAAUGAGAUGAUGCCUUUCUUUAGAAAACGUGUAAAUAAUACAAAAGAAAAACAAAGAAAAUAAAAAUUCCGAAAACACUCGAAAAAUGCACACAUUAAUGCCACAAAAACAAAUGUCAGCAAAUAAAAAUUUGAACUAUAAAUUGUUCGAUAAUGUAUACACUGAAAGGUUUCCUAAGUAACGAUAGUGAAGUAGUGAUGAAACAAAAGAUAUAUUGUUUAAAAAGUUUUUAAAGUAAACUUGAAAAUAACGUACAAUUGGAUUGGUUCCAAUCCACCCAAAUUUUAUGAUUUUGAACAAAUUUAAUAAAAAUGUUCGAUAAAAAAUGAA